CCCGAUAUAAGAAAAUACUAUCAAAUAAAUACGUUUCAAAACGUAACCUCAACGAGUUCACCCGUUAAAAGGCCAACUGAAUGACUUGAUAAAUCAUAAGAUUAUGAAAAAUGUCGAAUCGAAUAUUUCACUGCUCCUUAUACCUUUUAACAUGGAACCUGCAUCAUGCGAUAGCUUACGAUGAAUAUCUUGCUUCUAAAUUUCACGAAUCGAGAUUCGUUCCUGAUGUUAUUCCAGAACCUCCGGAAGAGUUAUUAAAUGUCACAUUCUCAAACCAUGGAUAUCUUUAUCCAGGAGAGAAACUUUUUGAAACUGAGACCUCUGAACAGCCCAAUGUGACUUGGAAUGCAGAUCCGAACAGUUUAUAUGCACUGUACAUGGCAGGUAUAACGAAUUGGACGAUGAUCAUUAGACCUCAAGUAAAUCCAGCUGAGCCUAAUAUAACACAUCGUAUUUGUCAUGAAUUCCAUCAAUGGGUUACUAUAAACAUACCUGGCAAUAAUUACAGCGGUGGUAUGGAAUUAUAUCCUUACAUAGCAGUCACUCCACCACCUAAGCCUUACGUAAGCGAUCGAUACGCCAUUUUGAUUUACAAACAACCUGGAGUUCUUAAUCCUCCAUUGCCUAAAUGGACCGAAUGGUAUUUUUUUCAAGAAUUUUCACCCACUGUGAAAUUUGUCAAAGACUAUAAUCUGACGGGCCCGGUGGCUGGUAAUAUGUUUUGGACAACUGAUUAAUUUAUCCGUCAUUUCAAUACGUAAGGCUGAUCUCGAACUUUGAAGAGCAGAGUAAUGCAUCAUAGAUUAAUUCAAAAUGAAAAAUCCCACUUUUGCAGAUUUCAUUUAUUUUUCAGAAUUUUUAAACAUCAUUCUGUGUAAUGGGUUUGGAUUGAACUCCAAAUAAAAUAUUUUUAUUUAA